AUGGUUAUCCUCAAACGCAACGUGAAAAAGUGGAAUGACGUAGACGAACCUUGCCUGUCAUCCCAUGCCUCUGAAGAGGAGAUCUUGGCCUCGUUUGGCUAUAAACAGAUGUGGGGUGAUGCCAUGAUGUCCGGUGGUUCCAUUGCUAUUAUCUGGGGCUGGGUGCUCGUCUCUAUUUUCACCUUUUUUGUUGGUUUGUCUCUGGCAGAGAUCUGUUCCGCUUAUCCGGUCACUGGCGGCUUGUACAUUUGGGUAUCUCGCAUGGCCCCUCCCCAAUGGGUGCCCAUCGCUUGCUGGCUUACGGGAUGGUGUAAUUGGCUAGGCUUGGUAAUUGCUAUCACUUCGGCUGAUCUUGGUCUUGCUCAAUUUUUAUCUUCGGUGAUUGCGAUCAAGAAUCCAGACUACGAUGCCGGUAUUUACUGGCAAUAUGGACUGUUCUUGGUCAUUGCCUUUAUUCAUGGUGUUAUCAAUUCUGUCAGUGUCAAGUACAAUGGAUUCUUUAAUCAAGCCUCCUUGUACUGGCAUUUGAUCGGUACCUUAUUGAUUAUCGUUGUCGCUUUGGUGCUCACGCCCAACAAAGCCGACGCCAAAUGGGUGUUUUCCUACUUUGAAAACGAUACCGGCUUCUCUUCCAGCAGCUACGCCUUUCUCAUUGGUCUUUUGCAGUCUCAAUAUACCCUGUCUGGAUUUGACAGUGCGGCUCACAUGUCGGAAGAAACGCGCGACGCCGCACGCAGCGCUCCUCGAGGCAUCUUGUACGCUAUUGGUACUGCGGCCAUUGUCGGUUUCGCUUUUAUGCUAGCCAUCAACUUUUGUGUUCAGGAUUUCCAGCGUCAAAUUGUGCAAACAACCAUGAGUCCUCAAAUGACUCAAGUGUUUAUGGACGGUGUUGGAUAUGCCUGGACUAUUGUGUUCACCGUCAUCAUCAUGGGGGCCAUGUUCUUUUCAGGAUCCGCUCUUACUCUUGGUAGUUCGAGAAUGGUAUACGCCUUUGCCAGAGAUGGUGCUAUGCCAUUCAGUCGAUACCUCUGCUAUAUCAACAAGACUACCCAGACCCCCGUGUAUGCCGUGUGGGGCAAUAUUCUCUUUGCUGUCGUAGUAGGAUUACUUUAUAUUGUCAAUACCACCGCUUUCAAUGCCAUUGUUUCGAUUAAUACCAUUGCUUCGUCCAUGGCAUAUUUCAUUCCCAUCGCCCUUCGUUUAACCACGGCACGUAACUCGUUCAAAAAGGGUCCGUUCCAUCUUGGGCCCUUUUCCGAUUUGAUCAAUUUUAUCAGUUGUUUCUGGAUUCUCUUCACCUCGGUCCUUUUCGUUUGUCCUACUCAAAAUCCCGUUGAUGCAGGUAAGGACAUCCGUGCUUGA